GACCUGUGACGGGACCUAAUAAUUUUCCGAAUUUCUCCGCGCGUUGGCCCAUUAGCUUCUUUUCCGUGUCCCAUAAAUCAGCGGAGGACGAGUUCGGUCGCGUCCUCCAUUACAGAUUAGUGUAACUUGCGGCGCCGCCGCUGUUUCUUUCUUUUUUUCCGCCUCGCAUCUCAUUCGUCAAGUGGAAAACGCGACGUUAUGCCGUCUCCCGAGGAGACCAACGGCGAGCAUCCGUCGGCGGCGAUUGAAGCCGAUGCUACUGGAGGAGCGGACGAGGCCACGCGUCAGCCCAUCUCAACCGUCGUCAUCAUCAUCGCGAUGCAGACGGAGGCUCUUCCCCUGGUCAGCAAAUUUCAGCUCUCAGAGGACACUGAUGGAAUUUUGUUUCCGAAAGGAGUUCCAUGGGUUAGGUAUCAUGGAAAGUACAAGGACUUGAACAUUAAUUUGGUUUGGCCAGGAAAAGAUUUGCUUCUUGGAGUUGAUAGCGUAGGUACAGUUUCAGCAUCUUUGGUGACUUAUGCUUCUAUCCAGGCAUUGAAACCAGAUCUUGUCAUCAAUGCAGGCACUGCUGGAGGCUUCAAAGCAAAAGGAGCAUCCAUUGGUGAUGUUUAUAUGGCAUCUGAUGUUGCAUUCCACGACAGAAGAAUACCAAUUCCUGUCUUUGAUCAGUAUGGUAUUGGAGCUCGACGUUCUUUCUGCACACCUAAUCUGUUGAAAGAAGUCGACUUGAAGUUGGGCAGGUUAUCUACGGGUGAUUCUUUGGAUAUGUCUCCAUAUGAUGAGGGGGCAAUUUUGGCAAAUGACGCUGUUAUCAAAGAUAUGGAAGGAGCGGCUGUUGCAUAUGUUGCCGACCUGCUUUCCGUGCCCGCCAUCUUUAUUAAAGCGGUGACCGACAUUAUCGACGGAGAGAAGCCAACUGCUGAGGAGUUCCUACAGAAUCUGGUUGCAGUCACUGCAAACCUAGAUCAGGCCGUCACCCAGGCCAUCUAUUUUAUUAAUGGAAGGUGUCUCUCUGAUCUCUAAGCCAUGGAAGCCAUAUUAUCUUAUUGCCAAUAUAUCCUCUACAAUUCAUUUGCUUUUUGUGCUGCAUAACUAACAUUGUUAUAAAGCACUCAUCUGCUAUGCAUUUUUCAGUAAAUAAUUUUAAGUUUUGUGAUUAUAUUAUAUUACUUAUAAGCUUUGAUAAAUCCUGUACCGAACUUUUUGUUCUA